AUGAUUUGGGUUCGUAGGAGUAUGUUAUGGCCGAGAAUAAUCAGUAAGAAGAUCAGCUGGAGAAAUGGUAAAGUUUGGGGUGCGGUAGUAGUCGGGUGGUUGGUCGUGCAGGCAAAGCCUUACUUGCUAGGUGAAGGUGUGGUUUUUGUAGCUGAGGAACGACCGAGUGGAUACCGUCAAAUUAGCACUGAUUUAGUUGAUGGCUUUCAGGUAGUUCUUAGAGAUAACAGGAUGGUAAGUGAUUUAGAAGUAAAACAGUCUAGUAAAAGUAAGUCUAAUCGAAUAGAUUCUAAUAGGAUAGGUUCUAGUAGAGAGGAGUUUAAUAGAGAGAAGUUUAGUCGAGAGAAGCUUAAUAGAGAGAAGUCUGAUGAGACGUCGGUAGAGUACAUGGUGCGACAUGGUGAGUCAGAAGUUCUUGAUGUUUGGCACAAACCAAGUGGAGCUAAAGUACUGAGUGCUCGAUCGGUUAAACACAACGUGUACCAUGCGCAUGUUCAGUCGGUUGAAGAGGAGAUAGAUGGAGAACGGCCUACUAGUAUAGCUGGCCGGGACUUAGUGAACUUAAGUGAGUUGCGGAAAGUAGUGGUAUCGGACUGGAUGCUGGAAUAUUUGGAAUUGGUCUUUAAACUGGCCAGCAUUCCUGGGUACCGCCCUAGAUUGGAUUUGAAUGAAGUGGCCGAUGUACUAUGGGUUUAUUCACUCUUCUCGCUAAAAGAAGACGUGAAUGUCCUGGAUGUGUACCAGUCUGGACAGAUGGAUAUGCGGAAAGUGACUUGUUUUCAAAACAAUCUGCUGGAUGCAAUUGGUGCGGAUGAGUCUGUGGCCCGUGAAGUAUACCACAUCUUGCGAUAUGUGAAUAAUCGUUUAGAGGCGCAUAGAGAAAGACCGGCUGGUCCUAGACGAGGGACUGUGGCUGUUAGUAGGUUAGAGGCUUUGUUUGGGUCGUGGAAACUUGAUGAGAUGCGUUGGUUUCUUUUAGUAGGACUGGCCUGGGCUGAGAAGGACUUGAUGAUUCAGAGGAAGUUUGUUGGCGAAAAGGAGCUUGCUUCGACUUUGCGAUUGACCUUUACCCAGGCGAAAGCCAGAGGAAUACGACGGGAAGGCCUGCAAUGGGUAAAUCAAAAUAGAAGUUUAGAUCUGGUUAGCGGGCAAGGACAUCUGCAAUUGAUGAAGCGUAGUUUGAGAAAUCGAGUGCGUAUUUUGAAAGUCUUCGUGGCUCAUGGAGUGGUUGUGAAGAAGGAAGUCUGGCUGGCCGUACUGGAUUUACUACCGGGGGUCUGGCAAGUGUUCUUUGCCGCACUAGGCGGGCCGGGUUUGCACCAGAACGCACAAAUGGUCGAGCUAGUGCUCCAAAGAGAAGAUUGGAGAAAGAAGCAUUCUUUAUCACCGGCUAUUACUGGCCUGGUGGUUGAUUAUGCUUUUGGACUAACCUCAAAAGCUCUUAAGUACUUAGAAUCGGCUAGACUGACUCGGUUUGGGUUUACAGCCUACUAUCCAAGGGAUUUUAAGCUUGAGCGUAUUCAUUGGGUGAAAGACCAUCCAGUGACAGCUUUCUUGGAGGACCUAAACAAAGGGGCGUUUAAACUCUCACAAUCCCUCACUGCCCUAGUUGGUCCGGUCAAACUAUUUGGCACUGGGCCAAUUAGACAGUCGGCCUGGCCCCGCUUGCGGAUUCUUGAAGUACAUCUGGAACCUUUGGGGCAAUGGACAUCCCAAGAAGAAGCGAAUAUUCUUAAACUAACCCAGAACAUGCCUCGGAUUUCCCGGCUGUCUUUAGUGCAAAGCCGGAACUCCACUCUUUCAGUCUCGGCCGUACUAUCUCUUUUUAAGUUCCUUCCCGCCGUCAGUACUCUAGAUCUCUACCGCACCAACAUCCCAAUUGACUUGGCCAAACAGCACCUUCUAGAUCCCGCCGUUCUUUUUACACGACAGCUACGCACUAUCCUUCUGCCCUACCGGCCAACCCAGGCAGCACCCUCGCGCUUCACCGGAAUCAUCAACCAAUUAGUUACCCAUCUUCCCCAACUUAAACGUCUCCUCAUCUUCUUUCCUUACGAACUCUCCAAUAUCUUCCUCUUCCAAACUCUUGUUCAAGACAUCUACCGCACUUUGGCUCUAAACACGAAUGAUACCACUACUCUAACCCAACUACUGCAACUCUACUUCAUUCAAACCGACCUGCAACACCCGCCAAUUAUUGAGUACCAAGUCCAUCCCUUCCGUUUCAAUCUCGCCGGCCUAGCUAAAACUUACCACCACCUAGACCAUUCCGGGCUCAAAUAUCCCCCCACCUUUGAUGAACUAGCCCAUGUCAUAGCCACCGCCGCACGUACUCCUCCCAUCGACAUAGACGCUUCCUUUACCACCUAA